AUGUCAGAACCAGGCAUCCUCGUCGAAUACAAAGGCAAAAUCGCCAUCAUAACCCUCAAUGUGCCCAAGAAACUCAACGCCCUUGAUGGAACCCUAUACUACCAACUCGCACGCGCCAUGCACGAAGUCGCCGACCGCACCGACAUCUACAUCACCAUCCUAACAGGCAAAGGCCGCUACUUCUCCGCUGGCGCAGACGUAACCUUCGGCUCCCAAACCGACCCCACCGCCCUCGACGCUCGCCAAAUGUGGCUCAAAUCCUUCGUCUCCAACAACCUCCACAUCACCCAUGCCUUCUACACACACCCCAAGAUCCUCGUCACCGCCCUCAACGGCCCCGCAGUCGGCCUCUCCGCCGCCCUCAUCGCCUUCUCAGACUUCAUCUACGCUGCCCCACACGCCUUCCUCCUCACCCCGUUUUCCUCCCUCGGCCUCGUGACAGAGGGGAACGCGAGCGUGGGCUUUGUGCGCCGCCUCGGCAUCAGCAAGGCUAAUGAGGCGCUCAUUAUGAGCAAGAAGAUUGAGUGUGCGGAUCUUGUAUCUACGGGGUUUGUGAAUGAGGUGUUCGAUGUUGGGAAUAGCAGGGAUCAGGAUUACAGCAACAGAUUUUUGGCCAGGGUGAUGGCUGAGGUGGAGGAGCGGUUAGGGGAUCAUUUGAAUAGCGAGAGCUUGGUUCGGAUUAAGGCAUUGAUUCAGAAGCCGGAUCGUGAGACGCUGGAUCGGCAGGGCGUGGAGGAGGUGUUUGGUGGCCUGCAGCGCUUUCUCAAGGGUGUCCCGCAGGAGGAGUUUAGAAAGAUUGCCAGCGGGGAGAAGAAGCACAAGUUGUAG